AUGGAGGAGGCGCUGCUGUCCACCCCCAUCAACCCCAACAACUUCCCCGCCAAGCUGUGGCGGCUGGUGAACAGCCCUCGGUACCGCUCCAUCCGCUGGGACGGCCGCGGCGAGGGCCUGCUCAUCGACCAGCCGCUCUUCGAGGCCGAGCUGCUUAGCCCGCCGGGCCCGGGGGCCGGGGGCGCGGGGGGAGCCGGGAGCAGCAGCGGGGGCGGCGGCAGCGGCGUCGGGGCAGCCGGGGCCGAGCCCGAGCUCUUCAAAACCACCAACUUCACCAGCUUCAUCCGCCAGCUCAACCUCUACGGCUUCCGCAAGGUGGUGCUGGGUGGGCCGGGGGCAGCGGGGCCCGGGCCAGGGCCUGGGGCUGGCGGGCCGGCGGGCGACGGGCCACUCCACCACUUCCACAGCCCGCACUUCCGUCGCGACCAGCCUCAGCUGCUCGUUCACCUCAAGAGGCUCACCAGCGCCAACAAGGCCAAGCUGGCCGCCGGACUGGAGGUGCCCUGUCGCCCGCCCAACCGCUUCCAGCGCCUCCUCAUCACCUCAGCCUCUGCCUCCGCCUCCGCUUCCACCUCCCCGCUGCAGCAUCAGGACCCGCCGCCCCAGCCCGCAGGGCCCCGGCCAGAGCAGCAUGGACCAGUGGCUGUAGGACAAUUUCACCGGUCAUUCCGGCGAGAUAAUUUGUCUCCUUAUUCCUACGUAUCAACUUCAUCCCACAACCACAGCACGUUCCCUCUGAAAGGUUUAGAUCGAACCCCGAUUCCUCCUAGAACAUGGCAGAACUCCCUUGGAAUGCACCCUGGACAAGUGGAGACAUCUCCCACUUUUUCAGAUAAAGGGGUUCCAUUUCCUGUACUGCAGAGAUUUCCAACUGAGGUUACUUACACGCUGCAGCCCAGCGCCACAUCUGUACAUGUUCAACAAGGUCCUCAAACAAUGGUCAGCUCCUCCCAAAAAUACAGUAACUACACACCCUCGGCGCAGUACUCCCAAGCCUACUACCCGACAGCUGUGCUACAGUGCUGCUCUCCUUCCACCCACAUGGAUGCCCUAAGUAGUUGUGUCACUCCGACUGCCUCUUCCUAUGCACACUGUAACUACUUCCAGAAUCCUCCAAUGCAAUCUUCCUAUCCAGUUGAAUUUCUGCCUUCUAAUUGGCCUUGCAGUGCUACUGAUGAAAAUAAAAAGACAGAAGUAAAUCUAGAGGCUGUCUUUCAAAUAGUAGAUGAGUUGCAUUCCUCCCCUAAGUUGGAGAUGGUAAAAGUGGAGCCUGUUGAGAAUCAGUGUCCAUCAUCUCAGUCUAACAGAGGCCAGCAUAUCUUACCUAACUCAAACAACAACAAUCCAUCUUCCACAAAUCAGGCUAGCCAGCUGGAGCCACUUACUCCUGUAGGCUCAGAUAUUACGUCUUUUGUGGUUGGAACAGAACAAGCAAUUACCUGCUCUCUACCACAGUCACCUGAGUACAUCUAUACCAUCCACACAGCUCAACCUUUGGAAAAUAGCACAAUGCAGGAAUCUGCAACCAUCCAGCAAAGUCAUGUCAAACUGAAGGAGCAGCUAAAUCAUAAUCCAUCUCCAUCUUCAGUAGUAUUUGUGCAGGAAGGGCUACCGUUCAGCACACAACAGGUGGAUAGCAGUAUAAAAUGCCAGGCCAAUCCACAGGAGAAUAUAUUGCCUUCAGAACAAAUGGGAUUCCUUAUUUCAGAAAUGGGGCCUGCUAGCAAGGCUAGUAAAGACACAGGCUUAUCCACUCCAACCAGAUACAGAGAGCGGAGAAGCAACUCACGAGGAAAGUCCCCUGAUCUUCAUCUGCUGGUGGACGUGGCCUGCAAGCAGGAGCACUUUCCAAAGGAGGAAGAGUUGAAAGAGUGA